CAAACAUUUUGCAAUUCGCGGUUUUGCACUGUCACUGACCAACCAAAACAUGAACAACAUACAACAGCAACAUACAACAACAGUGUGGAGUUGGGUGAGAUGGACGCACUGUGUUUCGUCGACCUGCACCAGCUGCUUGAUGCUGGUGGAUGCGGAUGUGGAUGUCGUUGUCGCGGCUGCUUCAUUCAUCCACCGAGCCAACCACCUUAAACACUCGGGCGACGAUUGGCUUCAAGCACGCGAACAGGCGAGCGUCCAACACAACAAGACAACGACGCGCACAUCCAUACCAAGAAGAGCCACCAAACACAUCCUCACAUCUGAGCGAAGACAAGUGAAUACACGCACUAUCAACAACGCCUCAGGCUUCUUCCUAUCAGCGGUCCAGCCAAACGAGGACCUCGGAAGCGUGCACACUACGAUUCAAGGAGACAAUCCCGAAGAAGUCACAGAGCAUCAUUGAGGCUUUGGACUCGACCACCUCAAGAUGAGAAGGGCUCAACCCACCAACACAGCGGCAGCGACGCUGAUGUUGUCGUUGCUCACGUUCAUUGCAAUGUUCUCGACCACUUCCUGCGCCACGCCAGCCACGACGUACCGUGUUGGCUGCACAGUGACUCCCAUCAACCCAUGGCUGUGCAAUGCCUUGGAGGACAUCUUUGAGCGGUACGCACCAUGGGACGUCACGUUCCAGUACAUGACGGAAGUGGACAUCCUCGACAAUGCCGCCAGCCUGGACUUUGCCCUUGUCGACCCAAAGACCGUCUCCUGCCUUGACGUGGAGCACGCUGUUGCUCCGUUGGCCACCCUGGGUCUUCCAAACAUCUUCGUGGAGACGCGCAAGGACCACAACGACUACCUGUACCAGACUGGUGGCGUCAUCUUUGCGCUGGCCAGCUCCGAGCUGAGGGUGCUCACAGAUGUGAAGGACAAGAUUGUCGCUGCCACCACGACCACGGACUUUGCAAGCACACUGGCCCCUUUUGCAGAGUACAAAACCGAGACGGGCAACGAGCUUGUCAUGGACGCAGCAAUGGUGCAGUAUCUGGGGUCGCCACAGCGCGUGCUUGAAGCGGUGCUUGCUGGUGUUGCACACGUGGGCAUGGUGCAGACGGGGUUCCUUGAGCGUGCAGUGGCACGUGGGGACCUGGCUUGGGCGCAAGUCAGUGUGCUGUCACAGAACCUCGUGGUUGAGGAUGACCUUCGCUUCCCGUAUGUCAGCUCAACGCUCGUGUAUCCAGACUGGUCACUGAUCGCCUUUGACUCUGCAGAUGCUGAUGACCGAGAAACCAUGAUGAACUUUGUGUUUAGCACCAACACCACACUGGACAUCCACUUCACCACAUCCCGCAGCUACGCCACCGUGGGCGACAUCUUGGAAACAUACGGGGUGAUUGUGCGCGACCUUGAUCAGCCGCUGCUGGCACAGUGCCCACGAUCGGCAUCCCACUUUGUACACCAUGGUGACAGCACGGUUUCCGCAACUCCUGAUCACGUUCGCCUCAGUGUUAACCGCACAGGCCUCACGGACGAGGAGAUAGAGAAACAGCUUGAAACGAUUAUCAACUGCCCAUCUGACACCUAUCCAUUACAUUACCUCAUUAUCUUCGAGCUGUGCGAUGGAAUGGACUGCCCCGAGCAUUCCCUAUGCAUCUGUCGUCCCUGUCAACACGCAACACCAGUUCAAAUCCACCACACAGAGGAGUUCUUCACGCAGCACACGCUGGAGACGAACCACGCGCUCCUGGCCGACAUUCUCGGUGUCUCAUGUGGGCGUAUGCGCACUUGCAGCCAGGACCAGCAACCAAACACACAGUACUUUCUGGUUGAAGAUCACCUCUACGACGUGCGCGAUAACCAGGAUACGGUGUUCUUUCACGUGAACGUCAAGUCCUUGGAAGGUGACGGCUUUUCGUUUUCCACAGAAGGGGUGCCUGUGCCUGGCCACCCGUACCUUGCCACCGUCAACAUUUCUGGCCUCCACUUUGGAACGCUCACAGUUGAGGUGUUUCUCGCAGACCGCCUGACAUCUGAGGAGGAGUGGGAGCCGAUUACCGCCAGCCCCUUCCUUGUGGAUGUGCUGCCACGUGACUGUCCCAAAGGCGAGGUCCCAACCCAAGACAAUAUGUGCGUGUGUCCUGCCGGCGCACUUCGCAUUGGUGGCAAGUGCAUGGACCCAGCAGAGUCGACACCUCUCUUCGUCGCACUGACGGUGUUCGUCAUCGGUGUUAUCGGGUACAUCGUGUUUAUCGUUAUGCGCAAGCGUGCGGAUGCGCUGUGGCAGAUCGACAGCGAGGACAUUGUUGUGAGCGAUCCUCCAGAGGUGCUGGGGAUGGGCGCAUUUGGUGUAGUGAUCAAGGGGGAGCUGAACGGCACCGGCAUCGCCAUCAAGCGUGUCAUGCCCAAACCACCGUCUCGAUCAAAGGCGGACAAGGCGACAACAUCCCAGACACGUUCCACCAAAAGCUCUCCGCGGAGCGUUUCAAGAGCUGGCGAUCGCUUUAUGCUGAGCACAACCAAUUUCGAACAGCGGGCCGCCAGUCGUGGUGACACUCUCGUGAGCGCCAUGAGCACGCACAACAGCACCAUGAACACGGCUACCAAGAGCAAACGUGGACGAUCCCUGCAGGCAGCGAGGGCCGAGUUCCUUGCGGAAAUGAGGCUGUUAUCGCGCCUGCGCCAUCCGUGCGUCGCCACCAUGCUCGGUGCAACUCUGACGAAGUCAGGCGAAGUGCUCCUCGUCAUGGAGUACCUCGAGCACGGUUCGCUGUACGACUUUUUGCGCAACGACAAGCUGCCGACGCCAGACAUGUUCCUGCUGCCCAUUGUCAAGGACAUUGUGUCUGGCAUGCGCUACAUCCACAACCUCAAGCCGCCGGUUGUGCACGGCGACCUGAAGGCAAAGAACGUGCUUGUGGAUGGCAACUUCAAGGCCAAGAUUGCCGACUUUGGGCUCUCACAGAAGCGUCGCUUUGGCUGUGGCACACCAUACUGGAUGGCGCCAGAGGUGCUGCGCGGAGGAGAGGUGACGCGGGAGGCGGACGUGUACAGCUUCGCCAUCACCGUGUACGAGAUCUACAGCCGACAGGACCCGUUCCCAGAGGAGAACGUGGCGGAGGUGCUGCAGCAGAUUGCCGCACGCCAGGUGCCGGCAAAGCGACCCGACAUCCCAGACUCGUGCCCCGUCAUGCUGGCUGAGCUUGCGCGGCGGUGCUGGUCCGAGGAGCCCAAGUUCCGGCCAACGUUCGACCAGGUGGACGCGCAGCUGGGCGAGCUCAACAUCAGCAAGGUGGGCGCAAGCCUCAUCCAGCAGAAGCAGGACGCGCUGAAGAAGGCCACGGUGCUCAACGACGUGUUCCCGCCACACAUUGCCAAGAUGCUGGAGGAGGGCAAGAAGGUGCACCCGGAGCACAAGGACGACGUGACCAUCUUCUUCUCCGACAUUGUGGGCUUCACCAACAUCAGCGCGCAGCUGACGCCGGCGGCGGUGUCGGACAUGCUGGACCGACUGUACUCUGCCUUUGACGAGCUGACGGAGAAGCACGGCGUGUUCAAGGUGGAGACCAUUGGCGACGCGUACAUGGCGGCAACAAACCUUGUUGAGCCGCAGCACGACCACGCGCUCCGCAUUGCGCAGUUUGCGGAGGACGCCAUCAAGGCGGCGCAGUCGACGUUCAUUGACAUGGAGCGGCCGGAGCUCGGGUGCGUGAACAUCCGCGUUGGGUUCCACUGCGGCCCUGUUGUGGCCAACGUUGUUGGGCGGCGCAACCCGCGGUACUGCCUGUUUGGGGACACGGUGAACACGGCGUCGCGCAUGGAGAGCUCGAGCGAGCGCAACAAGAUCCACGUGUCGACGUCUGCGGGGGACCGCGUGCGGAGCCAGGCGCCAUGGGUGAAGCUUGAGUCGCGCGGGGUGCAGAACAUCAAGGGCAAGGGCGAGAUGCUGACAUACUGGCUGGUGAGCACGAAGCGGGAGAAGAAGAAGGAGGGCGGGCAGCGGGUGAUGAUUGCCUCCGAAGAGGCAGAGGUCAUCGAGAUGCCGAACGAGGACACCAGCGACAACGAGAACGGUGGCGCCGAGGAUGAGGGUGAUGCAAGCUCGAAAGCGAGUGAGACUUUGCACAACAGCACGGCGGACCAUGCUGCUGACACCACCUCCAAUGUAGUCAGUGCUAGCCAAGGUGCUUCUGUCGUGCCUGCGCGUGUGUCGGCGUCGGCCCAGCACCGCUCAAUACGCUUGAGUGACUCAGGCUUGCCGCCUUCCCACCGUGAGUCCUCAGACAAAGGUUCUUCCUCCUCUUUCGAUGGUGACAGUGUUCGUCUGUACGACGCUCACGCUCGCGACAGCAUCUCCGUCAUGCAUGGUGACGUCAGCGGACCUGGGGUGUCCUCGGAUGCGAAGCACGCGCGGAUUUCUCAUGUCUCGUUGAGUGAUUUUCAUAUCGUGCUUCGAUCGACUGCACACCCUUGCUCUUUUGUAUUCUUCACAUGGGAUUAUAUGUGGUUUGUUCCUUGUCGCGCUGUGGUCUUGCGCAUAUGCAAUGCCUUGGAGGACAUCUUUGAGCGGUACGCACCAUGGGACGUCACGUUCCAGUACAUGACGGAAGUGGACAUCCUCGACAAUGCCGCCAGCCUGGACUUUGCCCUUGUCGACCCAAAGACCGUCUCCUGCCUUGACGUGGAGCACGCUGUUGCUCCGUUGGCCACCCUGGGUCUUCCAAACAUCUUCGUGGAGACGCGCAAGGACCACAACGACUACCUGUACCAGACUGGUGGCGUCAUCUUUGCGCUGGCCAGCUCCGAGCUGAGGGUGCUCACAGAUGUGAAGGACAAGAUUGUCGCUGCCACCACGACCACGGACUUUGCAAGCACACUGGCCCCUUUUGCAGAGUACAAAACCGAGACGGGCAACGAGCUUGUCAUGGACGCAGCAAUGGUGCAGUAUCUGGGGUCGCCACAGCGCGUGCUUGAAGCGGUGCUUGCUGGUGUUGCACACGUGGGCAUGGUGCAGACGGGGUUCCUUGAGCGUGCAGUGGCACGUGGGGACCUGGCUUGGGCGCAAGUCAGUGUGCUGUCACAGAACCUCGUGGUUGAGGAUGACCUUCGCUUCCCGUAUGUCAGCUCAACGCUCGUGUAUCCAGACUGGUCACUGAUCGCCUUUGACUCUGCAGAUGCUGAUGACCGAGAAACCAUGAUGAACUUUGUGUUUAGCACCAACACCACACUGGACAUCCACUUCACCACAUCCCGCAGCUACGCCACCGUGGGCGACAUCUUGGAAACAUACGGGGUGAUUGUGCGCGACCUUGAUCAGCCGCUGCUGGCACAGUGCCCACGAUCGGCAUCCCACUUUGGGAUCAUGAAUGAAGCAACUCAAGAGUGGACCACCGAACUCUCUAUCGAUGUGGGAAGCCUUACUCAUGACGAAGCUGAGCUGCUGCUGUCAGACCUCGUGAUUUGCCCGGCGAACACAUAUGCGCUUCACUAUCUCAUCAUCUUCGAACUAUGUGACGAGUUUCAUUGCCCUGAGGAAGCAUUCUGCACUUGCAGUCCUUGCAAGCGUGCGAACCCAGUGCAGAUCCACCACACAGAGGAGUUCUUCACGCAGCACACGCUGGAGACGAACCACGCGCUCCUGGCCGACAUUCUCGGUGUCUCAUGUGGGCGUAUGCGCACUUGCAGCCAGGACCAGCAACCAAACACACAGUUCCUGCUGAUCGAGGACAAGGUGUUUGAUGAACGGCACAACCAGGAUACGGUGUUCUUUCACGUGAACGUCAAGUCCUUGGAAGGUGACGGCUUUUCGUUUUCCACAGAAGGGGUGCCUGUGCCUGGCCACCCGUACCUUGCCACCGUCAACAUUUCUGGCCUCCACUUUGGAACGCUCACAGUUGAGGUGUUUCUCGCAGACCGCCUGACAUCUGAGGAGGAGUGGGAGCCGAUUACCGCCAGCCCCUUCCUUGUGGAUGUGCUGCCACGUGACUGUCCCAAAGGCGAGGUCCCAACCCAAGACAAUAUGUGCGUGUGUCCUGCCGGCGCACUUCGCAUUGGUGGCAAGUGCAUGGAUCCAGCAGAGUCGACACCUCUCUUUGUCUGCAUCUCGCUGGUUGUGAUAGGACUGGCAAUGUACGGCGUGGUCGCUGUCAUGCGCAAGCGUGCGGAUGCGCUGUGGCAUAUUGACAGCGAGGACAUUGUUGUGAGCGACCCGCCCGACAUGCUUGGCCGAGGAGCGUUUGGAGUUGUGAUCAAGGGGGAGCUGAACGGCACCGGCAUCGCCAUCAAGCGGGCAAUGCCAAGGCCAUCCUCCGAUGCGUUGGCGUCCAGCUCGAAGAACCAGAAGUCAGGCACUUCGGUGGCUUCGUUUGAAGUCAAAGGCAAUUCCUCACAGGCUGGUGUUGCCACCACCGUCUUCAACCUGGGCUACCACGCAAACGGCGGAGACUUGAUUGAAAAGGCGUUGAAGCAAGAUCACUCAUCGUUGUUCGGAUCCACACAGCGCGGGCGAACCACGAAGGACUACUCUGUGGCCAAGGCCGAGUUCAUGGCCGAGAUUCGCCUGCUGUCGCGCCUGCGCCAUCCGUGCGUCGCCACCAUGCUUGGUGCCAUCGUCACGAGAUCCAAGGAGGUGCUUCUUGUCAUGGAAUACCUCGAGCACGGGUCACUGUAUGACUUCCUGCGCAACGACAAGCUGCCGACGCCAGACAUGUUCCUGCUGCCCAUUGUCAAGGACAUUGUGUCUGGCAUGCGCUACAUCCACAAUCUCAAGCCACCGGUUGUGCACGGCGACCUGAAGGCAAAGAACGUGCUUGUGGACGGUAACUUCAAGGCCAAGAUUGCUGAUUUCGGGCUCUCGCAGAAGCGUCGCUUUGGCUGCGGCACACCAUACUGGAUGGCGCCAGAGGUGCUGCGCGGAGGAGAGGUGACGCGGGAGGCGGACGUGUACAGCUUCGCCAUCACCGUGUACGAGAUCUACAGCCGACAGGACCCGUUCCCAGAGGAGAACGUGGCGGAGGUGCUGCAGCAGAUUGCCGCACGCCAGGUGCCGGCAAAGCGACCCGACAUCCCAGACUCGUGCCCCGUCAUGCUGGCUGAGCUUGCGCGGCGGUGCUGGUCCGAGGAGCCCAAGUUCCGGCCAACGUUCGACCAGGUGGACGCGCAGCUGGGCGAGCUCAACAUCAGCAAGGUGGGCGCAAGCCUCAUCCAGCAGAAGCAGGACGCGCUGAAGAAGGCCACGGUGCUCAACGACGUGUUCCCGCCACACAUUGCCAAGAUGCUGGAGGAGGGCAAGAAGGUGCACCCGGAGCACAAGGACGACGUGACCAUCUUCUUCUCCGACAUUGUGGGCUUCACCAACAUCAGCGCGCAGCUGACGCCGGCGGCGGUGUCGGACAUGCUGGACCGACUGUACUCUGCCUUUGACGAGCUGACGGAGAAGCACGGCGUGUUCAAGGUGGAGACCAUUGGCGACGCGUACAUGGCGGCAACAAACCUUGUUGAGCCGCAGCACGACCACGCGCUCCGCAUUGCGCAGUUUGCGGAGGACGCCAUCAAGGCGGCGCAGUCGACGUUCAUUGACAUGGAGCGGCCGGAGCUCGGGUGCGUGAACAUCCGCGUUGGGUUCCACUGCGGCCCUGUUGUGGCCAACGUUGUUGGGCGGCGCAACCCGCGGUACUGCCUGUUUGGGGACACGGUGAACACGGCGUCGCGCAUGGAGAGCUCGAGCGAGCGCAACAAGAUCCACGUGUCGACGUCUGCGGGGGACCGCGUGCGGAGCCAGGCGCCAUGGGUGAAGCUUGAGUCGCGCGGGGUGCAGAACAUCAAGGGCAAGGGCGAGAUGCUGACAUACUGGCUGGUGAGCACGAAGCGGGAGAAGAAGAAGGAGGGCGGGCAGCGGGUGAUGAUUGCCUCCGAAGAGGCAGAGGUCAUCGAGAUGCCGAAUGAGAGCAAACAUCGCGGUGAUGGUGACAAGCGCUCAGCUGCCUCUGCUGACAAGCCCACCCUCCCGAGACCCCCGAGCCAGAGCAGCUCGCUGCGAAUUGCCUCGCUGGUUUCCUCGAGAGUGUCGCCAACGGGCUCUGAUAAGCCAUCUCCGAGUCGCGGAAGCAGCCUCAAAUCCAUGUCACGCAAACUCCCGUCGUCUGGUCCCUCACAGUUGUCACUGAAGGACUCUCCAUGGCUUGCAAACCCCGAUUCGAGUGAGGCCAACGUCCGACGUCCUCGACGCAACCGAAGUUCCAGCCCACCGUCCCCAUCCUUCCAGCGCAUGGACCGCCGGGCCACUGCUACUACUGUUCAUGUUGAAGACGAUGGCCAUCAUCCCCAGGCAACGUCCUUCCAAGCCUGGGCAGACUCCUCUGUGGACAUUUGACCCUUUGUUUUGACUGCUGGGUUCCCUUUGUACGUUGCCGUCUGGGCCCGGGCAGGAGACGCAAGUUCCGUGAAUGUGCGUCUGCAUUUACACUUGUGUGCUUUCUGCUGACUAACACGAGAUGCACCUGUCCUUGAGUGAUUGCACUGUGCCCGUUGGUGGUGCAACGCUGCUUAACUUUGCAAGUGCUCGUUCUUUACUUUGUUUUGUUUUGUGUCUUAUACAUUCCUCGAUUUCAUUGCUCCCUUCUUGUAUUCCUUGCUCAAAUGUAACAGUUGCAUCAAUCAGCUCAAGUAAUCGGGUGACAUGACAGACAACAUACCACGACCAGCACAACUCCAACCCACGUGAAAACUUGUAAAUCAAC